AUUUCCCCUGUAGGAGGGGCUCUUGCGCAGUACGCUCGGAAGGCGUGGCUUAUAGUCAGAAUACUGGAAUUCUAUUGGCCAGUGCUCUUGCCAAUCCACGAAGAAGCGGCAUGCUCCAGCAAUAAUGGCCGAUUUUCAAGUCACAAUGGCUCAUCAACGCUGUCAGGAGAAAACACCCGUCCAGAUCCUGCAUGAAUAUGGCAUUAAAAUGGGCAGUGCUCCUGUGUACGAGCUCAUCCAGGCUGAUGGAGGCAUGCACCAGCCCUCCUUCAUGUUCACCGUCACUAUAGCAGACUUCACAUGCAAUGGUCGAGGAUCCACUAAAAAGGCUGCUAAACAUGAAGCUGCAGAAGCCGCUUUGAAGUUAUUGAAGCGAGACAUCCAGCUAAAUGAUCAGAGAGAUGGUGUUUCUCCUGAAGCCGAUGACACAUCCAAUCCUGUAGGAGUACUGCAGGAGCUAGCCAUGCAGAGAGUGUGGUGUCUGCCGGAGUAUGUGGUAUGUAUGGAGUCAGGACCAGAUCACAUGAAGGAGUUCACCAUUACCUGUCGUCUGGAAGGACUGGAGGAGUCAGGCUCCGGCAGCUCCAAAAAGUUGGCCAGACGGUCUGCAGCCGAACACAUGCUGGGGAAACUGCAGAGUCUGUCCGGAUCUACUGAGAUCACAUGGAGUCCACCAUCUCGCGUGUAUGUGGAAAGCUUACGGCAGUCCACGGGGGAGAAGAUUUCCCUCCUGAGGAGGACGCCGCUCAGCACCCCGAACUCAGAAUACAUUCAGAUGCUGCUGGAGAUCUCACUGGAGCUGGGCUUUCAGGUCACAUACAUAGACAUCGAUGAGCUGACAGUGAAUGGUCAGUACCAGUGUUUAGUUGAACUGUCCACCCGGCCGGUGACGGUGUGCCACGGGACAGGGAUGACCAGCAGUAACGCCCACAACACCGCAGCACACAACGCCCUGCAGUACAUCAAGAUGGUCGCUAGUAAACACUGACAGCAGGUCUGGGAUCAGUGUGCGCAUGAAUUCUGACCUGCACCUCCUGAUCCCACACUAGCACUUCAGCCAAUGGACACCUUCUGCUGUAAGAGACCCGACUCUGCAGAAAAUAAAUCCAUUUCUGGGUUACCACA